AUGCCGGUGUUCAAUGACCCUAUCCACGGCUCUAUUGAAUUGCACCCUUUGCUGGUGAGCAUUAUUGACACACCUCAGUUCCAGCGUCUGCGCCACCUCAAGCAGCUGGGAGCCACAGACUUUGUUUUCCCGGGAGCCUGCCACACCCGCUUUGAACACUCUAUUGGGGUGUGCUACCUGGCAGGAGAACUGAUGAAUGCCCUGAAACAGCGCCAGCCUGAGCUGAAUAUUACUGAGAACGACAUACUGUGUGUCCAGAUAGCAGGACUGUGCCAUGACCUUGGACAUGGCCCUUUCUCCCACACGUUCGAUGGAAUGUUCAUCCCAAGAGCACGCCCGGGUUUCAGAUGGACGCAUGAGGAUGCGUCUGUGAAAAUGUUAAAUUACCUGAUCGAGGUAAACAAACUGGAGCCAGUGAUGAAGCGUCAUGGGCUGAAGCUGUCUGAGGAACAGAUCACCGAGACGGAGCCUUCCGAUUUGGUGUUUAUUGAGGAACUGAUCGCCGGACCCAGGGUGGACUCUUCCAACGAGGUGGAACCUUCCAGCGAGUGGCCAUAUAAAGGAAGAGGGAAAGAAAAAUCUUUCUUGUAUGAGAUUGUGGCCAACCGCAAGAAUGGAAUUGAUGUGGACAAGUUCGAUUAUCUUGCUCGAGACUCCUACUACCUGGGCAUGAAAAAUAGCUUUGACCACCGACGCUACCUGAAAUUUUUACGUGUGUGUGAGGUGGACGGAUUGAAGCACAUCUGCCCUAGAGACAAGGAAAUGGAAAAUUUGUACGACAUGUUCUACACACGGUAUAGCCUUCAUCGCCGGGCCUACCAGCACAAAGUGGGAAACAUCAUCGCAACAAUGAUAACAGAGGCUUUUGUGAUGGCUGACAACUACAUUCAGAUCAUAGGCUCUCAUGGCAAGACUUUCUCCCUCUCCACUGCCAUUAACGAUAUGGAGGCUUAUACCAAACUCACCGACCACAUCUUCCAGCAGAUCCUGUACUCCUCGUCUCAAGACCUGGAUGACGCUCGGGUCAUCCUAGACAACAUCAAUUGUCGCAAGAUCUACAUGUUUUUGGGCGAGAUCCGAUGCAAGAAUCCUGUGGCAGACACAUCGGAUGUGCGCGCCGCGAUAGCAGCCAGCAUUGCUCAAGCCUUGCCUGACAGCAGAAGAAGUGUACCACUUCAGGCUGAAGAUUUCGAAGUCACUAUUAUUAACAUGGAUUAUGGGAUGAAAAACCAUAACCUGAUCAAUAACGUGUAUUUUUACACCAAGAAUGACUCCACAAAUGCCAGAAUCAUCAACGAAGACGAGGUGUCCCAGCUCCUUCCGAAGACGUUUGCUGAACAACUGGUCCGGGUCUACUGCAAGAGGACUGAUGACUUUCAGGCAGCCAAGAUCUGCUUUGAGGAGUGGCGUAAACGUCCCCGCUUGAGCGAAGGAUGUAGAUGUGCCUGGCCUGAAGCUGAUGGAGUGCUGAGAUGAUGAUGAAGAUGAAGGUGGUCGUCUGAGGGGGCAUCUUAUUUACAUAUAUAUUUGUGUUUUUUGGGGAAUAGUGCCUUGACUGCAAAAGUAAAACUCUUCUAUAUAGCAGGUGGUGGUGUUCAGAUGGGAGAUGGCUGUUCAUAAACUAAAGGGAAGAUUAUAAAGAAAAUGUAUUCAGCGACAUAUGACGCAUUCUGCCCAGGAAACAUGUGGCGUAUGUAUCAAACUACCGCACGGGACUAGAACCGCAGUACGCAUGUGAUCUAGGUGACUCACUCCAAGCUGAGCUUAUGUUAGUGCGUAUGCAUUCAGUGAUGGAUCCCGCAAAUAAAGGGAGGAGGUAUUAUAAGUGUGGCUGAUUCUGUAUUCCGUUGAAUUUACAAAAGUUAACCAAUUGUACCUGAAAUUGCUCCACCUCUAAAGAGCAAACGUAAACUGAGACACAAGACAGAAACACAGAUCUAGGCUGUGAAGAUAUACUGAAAUAAUCUUUGCAGCAAGACCACUAUUUCAAUCCCCAGAGCGAGAAAUCAUCAAACAGAUUAUUAAUAGUAAAUAUCAUUUAAUGAUGUCAGCCAAGCAAUAAUUAAGGCUGGGUGUUUGUCACAGAAAAUAUUUACCAAAUAAUUUAUUAAAUUAAGCAAUAUCACAUGCAAAGCAAUUGGAAGCGACUGGAAUAACGUGCUCAACUGUAGUGACAGUAACUGAAGUAAAAAUAAAUCUAUGUCCAUCACAGAAAGAACGUGCGUUUGUUUUGAUUAGUUAUCCUCGAAAACAAUCGCGGAGAAGAAACUGGGAAUUAAAGGGACCGCCAAAAAAAUAGAAAAUCACCUGUGACUUCCAUGACAAACACCCAGCCAUACAAAUAAUUACAAUUCUGGGAGAAAUAAAAAAUGGAGUGGAGCCUCCCACACGACGUUGCCAUUCUAUCCCGGCAAUAGUGAAGCUCAUUGCAAAGAUACAUGCAGAAUGUACACCUUUACGAUAAAUGGUUAUCACCACACGCAGUGAUAAUAUUCAAAGCACUAAACACGUGUUUUAACUGCGCGGUUUAAUAUCAGCCUAUUUAGCAAAAUGCGGUUCCCGUUCACUGAUUAUGUAAUGAGCUGUAGCUCAUUUGUGUGUAAUUUUGUUUUGUUUUUAAAUCAUUGUAAUUCACAAAAACAGCAAUAUACUUCUUUUUUAAACAUUGAACUCACUCUCACAAUUUUAGCAAGCUUUUUUGUCAGAGUCUAGGCUCCUAAAAAGGUGAAGGUUAUUUUCUUCAUAUAGCUUUAAACGUUAAAUUCAGCUAAUAGGAUAGUAAGCAAUCCCUAAGGACAUUAUAUGUGGGCAUCUUGAGAUAAGAAUAACUUAAUUCAUUUCAGCUAAAAUCUGGUUAACAUUUUGUGCAUUUGGAGUGACCGUAAUGUGGUGUUUUUGGUGUGUUUUUACUUUAUUUAUAUAUAUAUUUUUUUUAUUCUUGUCCUCCUUGCUUUGAGGUCUUAUUCAUUGUUCUCAUGUGGUUCUCAUGUACUGUAUACUGACGUCCAUCUUGGUUGAGAUCCACAAUAAGCUAUGGUCAGCACUUGAUUUUCCAUGCUUGAAAGCAGAGCUCCUUGAGAUUUUUAUUUUGAAAACCAUGAGAAUAAGAACUUUGUUGGGAGGCAUCAUUAUCACACUUUCACAUAUGUUUUGACUCUGAUGUACAUGUAACUGC